CACCGCGAACUCUCUCACCCAUCGCCAUGUCACUCACUCUUAUUUCAUAAACGUGCGCGCGUACGUGCGAUAUGCCGUUCUCUCGCUCAGUCUCUCUCACACUAUUGUUCGGCGUACCGCUCGCCAUUUGCCGGCGGGACACGUCGCCGCCAGGCCGACCGGACGUAGAUACACCACCACCACCACAGUACCACACACGUGUCGCGUAGUACCGGCGUAACGCGAACAGUCUCGUCAGGCGAUGCGGCGGCGUUUCGAACUCGUUUUCGUCAUUGCAACACAACCGCGUUAUAAUCAUCCUGUCCGCACCAAGGCGACUAUCGUAUAACUGUUGUAGUUAUACUGUUACGAAAAUAUAAAAACCAAUUUCGCGACAGAAAUGAAUAAAGUAAUUUUCCAUAUUGGUGAACAUGCUUGGAUGUAUUCUACAUUUGUAUUUCAACAAAAAGAAAAUGAAUACUGCAACACCAGAAAAUGCCAAAAUCACUGACUCAAUUCCCGAAGAAACUGGAGAUAGGGUCAGGCUCAAAAAACAACUUGGACUCCUCGAAGGCGUUGCCAUCAUUUUGGGCAUCAUAUUUGGAUCUGGUAUAUUCAUCUCGCCAACGGGCGUGAUGAUACAUGCUGGAUCUGUGGGUGUCAGCUUAACCGUGUGGAUCAUGUGCGGCAUGCUGUCCAUGAUCGGUGCACUGUGUUACGCUGAACUGGGGACGUCCAUACCGCGAUCGGGAGGCGACUACACGUACCUGUUCGAAGGAUUCGGACCGCUGCCGGCGUUCCUCUACUUGUGGGACGCUAUGCUCGUGUUUGUGCCGACAACCAACGCCAUCAUGGGACUGACGUUCGCCAACUACGUCAUCAAGCCGUUUUUCCCGGAAUGCGACAACCCGGAGCAGGCGGUCAGACUUCUAGCGGCUGCCGUGAUUUGUUUCAUAACUUUCAUCAACUGCUGGAACGUUAAGGCCACCACCAAAGUUCAAAACGUGUUCAUGUUCACUAAGAUAUCAGCUCUGGUGUUGAUCAUCGUGUGCGGCGGUGUUUACAUGUACUCAAACGGAUUUUCCAAGUUCAUGAACCCUUGGCAAGGAUCAGUAACAGACCCCGGCAGACUGGCCGUGUCCGUUUAUUCCGGAAUAUACUCAUACUCGGGAUGGAACUAUUUGAAUUUCAUGACCGAAGAACUAAAAAACCCUUACGUGAACCUGCCGAGGGCCAUUUACAUUUCCAUGCCGUUGGUGACCAUUAUCUACGUGUUGGCCAACGUUGCGUACCUGGCCGUUCUAACGCCGCACGACAUGGAGACGACCAAAGCGAUCGCCGUCACAUUUGGUCACUUUGCAAUGGGUUCGUUUGAAUGGAUCAUGCCACUAAUGGUUGCCCUAUCAGCAUUCGGCGGUCUGUGCGUUCACAUCAUGACUUCAUCCAGAAUGUGCUUUGUCGGAGCGCGAUACGGUCACUUCCCAACGUUUUUGUCUUACAUCAAUGUGGAACGGUACACACCAACCCCAUCUCUAGUGUUUUUGAACAUCUUAUCUUUACUCAUGCUUUUCACAAGUGAUGUUGAGAUGCUUAUAACAUAUUCUAGUAUUGUAGAGGCAUUCUUCACAAUGCUAUCGGUGUCUUCAGUAUUGUGGAACCGAUGGAAACGUCCAAACAUUAACAGGCCAAUCAAGGUUUCCCUUUGGAUCCCAAUUACAUAUGUAAUACUGUCAUUAUUCUUGAUUGUGUUGCCGUGUUACGUAAAACCUUUUGAAGUUGGCAUGGGAGUUGGCAUCACUGUGUUAGGCAUUCCAGUAUACUAUUUAUGUGUAGUUUGGAAAACUAAACCCGUGUGGUUCCAAAAUUCAUUAAAGCAUGUGACGUUCACCAUCCAAAAGUUGUUUGUUAGUGCCAAAGAAGAAAAAUCAGAGGACAUUUGGGAAUAAUGAUACUGGUUUCUUAAUUUUAUUAUCUACUUGUCGAUUAUUGAUUUUUAACGGUUUUAAGUGUUUUACCUUGAACAUCUUCUCUGAAAACCAUUUAUUUUUUUGCCAGCUUUAUAUUUAUUUCAUGUUUUUCUUUUAUUUUUAAAGACAUGACAUUUUUAUAACAUUUAUGUCCAUACGCAUAGUCAUUUUAUGUGUCACAUAAGGCAUAGUUUAACAUGUCUUAUGUGACACAUACUUGACUAUGUAUUACAGUUUUAAUUUUCUUUUUUAAUUUUUAUUGUCAUCAGUAUUAUAAAAUGUAUAAAUGUAUAAUGUUUAUAUUAAAUAUUAUUUACAUAAAAAAAAAAAGUAUAUACUUUAAUUUUUAUUCAUUUAAGGAAACCAUAUUGUUGCUUACAAACAUUACUGGACAUGUCUUGAAUAAGAGUUUCAUUGAGCGCUUUAUUCAACAGAAUACCAAUGUGUGAACCAGACUAAAAAUAAUUAGAAUAUAAUAUAUAUGUAUAAUAGUUUUGGCUUAAUAAGUUUAAAAUAAACUAUUGGUAUUACCAUAA